AAAACUGAAUUGAAAUCUUUCUGGGAAAACCUGCUAUUUAUUGUGAAAAUCAUCUUUGAUCUUGAAAUUAAAAGUAAAGCUGGAAAGGACUUUACAAACAAGAAAAAAAAGAAGUUUGGAAUUGGACUCACAGAAUUUGGGCUUGGAAAUGCCUCAGCCUAGUGUAAGUGGAAUGGACCCUCCUUUUGGGGAUGCCUUUCGAAGCCACAGCUUUUCGGAACAGACUCUUAUGAGCACAGACCUCUUAGCAAACAGUUCCGAUCCAGAUUUCAUGUAUGAACUGGACAGAGAGAUGAACUAUCAACAAAAUCCUAGAGACAACUUCCUUUCUUUGGAGGACUGCAAAGACAUCGAAAAUCUGGAGUCGUUCACAGAUGUCCUGGAUAAUGAGGGUGCUUUAACCUCAAACUGGGAACAGUGGGAUACAUACUGUGAAGACUUAACAAAGUACACCAAACUAACCAGCUGUGACAUCUGGGGAACAAAAGAAGUGGAUUACUUGGGUCUUGAUGAUUUUUCAAGCCCGUACCAAGAUGAAGAGGUCAUAAGCAAAACCCCAACUUUGGCUCAGCUGAACAGUGAAGACUCUCAGUCUGUUUCUGAUUCCCUUUAUUACCCUGAUUCACUUUUCAGUGUCAAACCAAACCCCUUGCCCUCUUCAUUCCCUGGUAAAAAACUCACAAGCAGAGCGGCUGCCCCUGUGUGUUCUUCUAAGACACUUCAGGCUGAGGUCGCUUUGUCAGACUGUGUCCAGAAAGCCUGUAAGCCCACUUCAAGCACACAAAUCAUGGUAAAGACCAACAUGUUUCUCAAUGAAAAGGUGAACUUCCAUGUUGAGUGUAAAGACUAUGUCAAAAAAGCCAAGGUAAAGGUUACUCCAGUGCAGCAAAGCCGGCCCUUGCUGAACUGGGUUUACCCAGAAACCUGCCACUGUGGUGCCCCAAUGAAGCGGCCUGAAAAGAAAGGGGUGGAGCCUCUUCAGGGCCACACCACCCCAGCAUUGCCUUUCAAAGAGACCCAGGAACUGUUACUCAGCCCCUUACCCCGGGAAGGACCGGUGGCUGUUGCUGCUGCUGCUGGAGAAAGUAGUUGUCUUUCUGCCAGCACAUCCCUCUCAGAUUCAUCCCAGAAAAAAGAAGAGCACAAUUAUUCCCUUUUUGUCUCUGACAACUUGGGUGAACAACCAACCAAAUGCAGUCCAGAAGAAGAUGAAGAGGAUGAGGAAGAUGUGGAUGAUGAGGACCACGACGAAGGAUUUGGCAGUGAGCAUGAACUUUCUGAAAACGAGGAAGAAGAGGAGGAGGAAGAUUAUGAAGAUGACAAGGAUGAUGAUAUCAGUGACACAUUCUCUGAACCAGGCUAUGAAAAUGAUUCUGUGGAAGACUUGAAGGAGAUGACUUCCAUAUCCUCCCGGAAGAGAGGAAAAAGAAGGUAUUUUUGGGAAUACAGUGAACAGCUCACACCCACACAGCAAGAAAGGAUGCUAAGGCCAUCUGAGUGGAGCCGAGAGACCUUGCCUAGUAACAUGUAUCAGAAAAAUGGCUUACAUCAUGGGAAAUAUGCAGUAAAGAAGUCCCGGAGAACUGACGUGGAAGACCUGACUCCAAAUCCUAAGAAACUACUCCAAAUAGGCAAUGAGCUACGUAAACUGAACAAGGUGAUUAGUGAUCUGACUCCAGUCAGUGAGCUGCCCUUAACAGCCCGGCCAAGAUCAAGGAAGGAGAAAAACAAGCUGGCGUCCAGAGCUUGUCGGUUAAAGAAAAAAGCCCAGUAUGAAGCUAAUAAAGUGAAAUUAUGGGGCCUCAACACUGAAUAUGAGAACUUAUUAUUUGUAAUUAACUCCAUCAAGCAAGAGAUAAUAAACCGAGUACAGAAUCCAAGAGAGGAAAGAGGAUCGAACAUGGGACAGAAGCUUGAAAUCCUCAUUAAAGACACUCUUGGUCUCCCAGUGGCUGGGCAAACCUCAGAAUUUGUUAACCAGGUGUUAGAGAAGACUGCAGAGGGGAACCCCACCGGAGGCCUAGUAGGACUAAGGAUACCAACUUCCAAAGUGUGAUUGGCACCACUGGACCACUGGUCAGAGAUGUCUGUGUUGGUCAUAUUAGUCAUUGUAAAUUCUCAUUCUGUUUUGCAUGUCAGUUUAGCAUUAUGUAAACAUUUACAAUUAGGUUACAUUGUUUUAAGAACUAAGUAGCAUAAGUGAAGCAUGAUCCAAAAUACUUGAUUAUUGCAUUCUCAGAGCAUAAACCUUGGUUAACAACUGCUACUGAAAUAAAAAUGGAAACUGAUGUGUUUCAGUGAAUAUUUAGGUAAAGAUCACAAAUAAUUGGUCAGAGCAAGACAUUUGAAAAAAAGAAGAUAGUCAUGAAUGCCAAAUACUGUGGCGGCAGGUUUAUGCUCUGAACCACACACAAUAAAUUGAGGAAGCAUUUUUUUAAACAGUCAGUUUAGAUUGUUUUUAGAAUUACUGCUUUUUGUUCUAAUUUUCCAAACCAUUAAUCUCACUUGUUCGUGGCACAACCCAGCACUCAUGUCCAUGUGCCAUAUUAGACGUUCAUUUUCCGAGCUCAAUAUGGUAUUUAUAAAUAUAUAUAAAUAUAUAUGUAAUGUCUGUGCAAGUAAGAAAAAAGCAUAUUCUUUGUGCCUUGUAUUUUGGGGAAACUAUAAAACUGGUAAUAUUUUGUAUGAUGAAAACCCUACUAAGGAAAAACAAGAUAUAUUGAUGGAAAAAUUAUGGGGUUUAAAUGCUUUUUGUUCCAACUCUUUUUCAAAAUUUUUGAAUGUAUAUAGGACUAUGUUGAAAUGUAGAUACAUGCCACAGAGUCUGUGUAUUGUAUAAAAAAACAAACAAAAAAAACAAACAAAAAAAAGAUGGCUCUAGAAACUCCUAAUUUCGGUAUUUAACCGGAAGAAGACAAAUACUUGCACAUUAUUGCGAUUGUUUUAUUUUUUUGUACCAAAGACAAAUGCAACUGAUAUGGCAAACUGCCAGUCUAAGUAAAGUUUUGCACAGCUUACAUGAUACUGUAUGAAUGUAUGAAAAAAAAAAAGGAGAUAAAUAUAAAAAGGUCAGGGUUAGGGAUCUUACUGAACUGUGAAUUUUAUUUCUGUUUGGGUCCAAUUAUCUACAGAAGGAGCAUCCACACAUUCAAUAUUAUUUUGCUGUUCCUCUAGUUUGCUUCCAUAGUAGAUAAGUUGGUGGUCAUUGAGGUGUCUGUAAGCCCUUUUAUUUCUGCACAUAUUGUAGGAAAUUUUAAUAUAUUUCAUUUUAUUAAGCUAUUGGUAAUAGUUUUUGACUUAAAAAAUUAAAAAGUUUAUUUAGUUUAUUAUAGUAUAUGUCCUCCAAACAACCAAAUACAGAUUAUUUUUAUUGUAUUAUGUAUAUAUGUAAAGAAAGGAAAAAAGCUAAAAAUAUCUAAUUCUUUAGUUGCCACUUUUCCAAUUGAUGUAUUAUUGUGCAUGUAAUAUUUUCAGAGAUCAACACAAGCUUAAAAAUUUAUAGAUUUUUAUAUUUUUGUACAGAUAUUUUCAAACUGGCUUCUUCAAACUUACAUGUGACUUCAAUAGUUCCUAGAACUGAAUAAUACUGACAUUUAGUUUUUAGGUGCUCUUUUUGGCUCACAUAAAACAGCUUCAUUAGUCAGUGUUUUAACUGUGUUAAAGCUUUACCUCUUGAUGAGAAAUAUUUUGUGUCAAGGCAGCAUUAUAAACCUUUUCCACAAAUUCUUCAUUCUGUCUCUCUUACUGUUUUAUUCUCAAAU